CAACAGGAGUCCAGUGCGCCUCCUGAAUCCGCCCAGCAGCCACAAGAGGCCGGGGUGACCAGAGCGCGGUCCAGGGGAAGUUCAGGAGCUGAAGGAGGAGGCGGCAAUGGGGGAGGCGCGGGUGUGGGUGGCAACGGCAGCGGACCGGAGCAGAACGGACAACCUCCCGCCACUCGACCGCCACGUGUGGUGGAGACCGAGGAGGACGAGGAUGAGGAGUUGACCUUGAAGUACGGGGCCAAACACGUCAUCAUGCUGUUCGUUCCCGUCACCCUCUGCAUGGUGGUUGUCGUGGCAACCAUCAAGUCCGUCAGCUUCUACACCCAGAACGACGGGCAGAGACUGAUCUACACGCCGUUUCCCGAAGACACCGACACGGUGGGACAGCGAGCGCUCAACUCCAUCCUGAACGCCACCAUCAUGAUCACAGUGAUCAUCGUGAUGACGUUGGUGCUGGUGCUGUUAUACAAGUACCGCUGCUACAAGGUGAUCCAAGGCUGGCUCUUCCUCUCCUCUCUCCUCCUGCUCUUCUUCUUCUCCUACAUCUACCUCAAAGAGGUUUUCAAGACCUACAAUGUGGCCAUGGACUAUUUCACCCUGGCGAUACUCAUUUGGAACUUCGGAGUCGUGGGCAUGAUGUGUAUUCACUGGAAAGGACCUCUGAGGCUUCAGCAGGCCUACCUCAUCAUGAUCAGUGCCCUCAUGGCCCUGGUUUUUAUCAAGUACCUGCCAGAGUGGACCGCCUGGCUUAUAUUAGCUGUCAUAUCAGUCUACGAUCUGUUAGCGGUGCUCUGUCCCAAAGGACCCCUGAGGAUCCUGGUGGAGACGGCUCAGGAGAGGAACGAGCCCAUCUUCCCAGCUCUCAUCUACUCCUCUACAAUGGUGUGGCUCGUCAACAUGGCCGACACAGACAGGCCAAAGAGGAACUCGACAGAAGCAGCUUCGCCGCAACAACAACAGCCCCAAGAAGCCGUGGCGUCUCCUGGCCCCUCCAGUCCAUCACAGGACGACGGCGGCUUCACCUCCACCUGGGUCAACCAGCAGGAGCACCAGCUGGGACCGCUCCAGUCCACGGACGAAACCAGACGGGAGAUCCAGGAGCUGCCCUCUGCACGUCCUCCCGUAGAAGAUGACGACGAGGAGAGGGGCGUCAAGCUCGGGCUCGGAGACUUCAUCUUCUACAGCAUGCUGGUGGGAAAGGCCUCGGCCGCAGCCAGCGGCGACUGGAACACCACGCUCGCCUGCUUUGUCGCCAUCCUCAUUGGCCUCUGUCUGACCCUCCUCCUCCUCGCCAUCUUCAAGAAGGCGCUCCCCGCUCUGCCCAUCUCCAUUUUCUUCGGCCUGGUCUUCUACUUUGCCACCGACAACUUGGUACGGCCCUUCAUGGACAAGCUGGCGCUGCACCAGUUCUACGUUUAGUAGGGCGCCGGCCUGAUAACCCUCACCUACAUAGCUCUCUGGCCAACAACACGAGAGCGGUCCCUUCACAGCCGGAGAACAAAGGAUGAUGCUGGGGCCCCUCCCGCCCCCACGUCCCCUCCUAAGAACUCAUGAUGAUGGGACACAUGUAGUUUUUGCUCUGCCUUUCUUUCUCCACCAAGAGAGGGGAUUCCCCACAACAGCUGUUCUUAGAUAUUUUAUUUCUGUUUUAAACCAAGAACUGACAUUUCUGGCUCGACUUGGGACGUCAUCUGUCGAUCACCGGUCUCAGGCACAAAGUUAGUGAGAAUAUUUUACCUUUAUUUAUCCAGGGAAGCUUCUCAAGAGCACAUCUGGGAGCUCCCCAGUACAACCACUCUGGCUGGGGCUCAGCAGGAGGUGCCUUGCUCAUAGACACCUCGGCGGUAGCUGUUGAGCAGAAGGAGGCGAUUCUCUGGUUCAAAUCUUCCCUCAAACAUUUCCCUCAUCUCCAGUCCUUUUACAUGACUCGUGAGCGAACACCACCCACAUGUUCCACCGAAGAUUUGAAAAGCCUUCAUCACACGAAUGGACACUCAAUGAUAGAUGUUAUGUAAAUGUGUAGUUUGAUUACGUAUGAGCUGUCCGUCACCAGAGCGUGCUUUCCUCACCGCUGUUAAGAAUGGUUAAGACCCUUUUCUUCACUUUAGACACAAAACAACUAAAGCUCUGACGCCGGAGCCGCUCGCACCCAGAAAGAUUUGCACUGAACAGGAUGUUUCGAACAUGAGGAUCUUUCGCAUGUGGGAAAGUGGAGGGAAAAAUGUAAAUCGAGAAUUUGAGUGUUGUUGUGACACUGAUGCUGAUUUCACCGUGUUGUCUCACCUUAACUCUUCCCUUAAAUCACAUUUGAAUUCACAGCCUGCAUAGGAAGUAAAGUUCAUACACACUCGCACCUGAGACUUGCCUGCCGUGUUAGCCACGUGCUGUCGGCCACUGAGCAGUUCUGCUGGAGCAGUUGGGGGUUCAGUGCCUUGCUCAAGGGCAUUUCAGUAGUCGUUGUAGUUGUCUUCGUCGUUAUUGUGGGACAGAAAUGUGCUUUUCAUUCUCUACCCGGACUGAGAUGUAAUUAGUUUUUUAUUUAAACACGUCCAGGGAUUGUAACCUGUGAUCACAUGGUCACAAACUCUGAACCUUGAGGCUACAGCUGCCGUCAUGACGCUCGCCUGGUGCUGUCUUGAACUAUGCUACAUCAAACUAAAAUCAUUUCAUCUAUACACAGAUAUUGUUUUUUCAAGAUAUGCAGAAGAGACAUUUUGUACUUUUUGAAACCGGGGUGGAUGUUAGCAGGGCUCCGACGAAAAUGUGACAAAAAAUGUGAAAGAAAUAAUGAAAAACUAAUGAGGGAGUUAUAGAUGUAGUUCAAUUUCAUGGAUUUGAGGACAAUUUAGGAAAAUAUCCUAAUUGAUCUGAUCAAAUGUAAAAACAAACCAAAAAGUAAGAAAACAAUGUUCUAGUGUGAAACAUUGACAUGUGUAUGAACCUGUGGCGUCUCACACACGAGAUGAGCUGCAGAGUAAAGACGAGCUGCACCGGUCGCUCGUCUGAUGUUGCACUCGAGUUUCCUGUUUGCAGAGAAAAGAAAUAACAUUUAUUCUGAGACUGUUUUUUUUUUUCCCCUACUUGUUUUCGGGGAAUAUUUCGGGUGACUGGCGUUUUAUUUUUUUUUCUGUCCUUCACAUGCAUAUGUGUGUUAUGCAAGGUUAUUCAAUUCUGAUUUUGUUCUUUUUUUAAUAAACAAUAAAACUAAAAA